AUGAAUGGGGUGCUUAACAGCCUAGCCCGUGGCGAAUCUUCGUUGCGCCAACAUUCAUCUCGACUAUCGAGGACAGAAAAUGGACACCCAAGACAGCGACGGCGGGAGAGAAAGGUUGCAUGCGAUACCUGUCGGCACAGAAAGAUAAAAUGCGAAGUUACCAACAGAUCCAAAUGCUCGUACUGCAGCAAAGCCAAGGUUCACUGUUCUCUGACCGAUUAUAGGCGGCAAAAGCAUUUGAAGAAGUACAACACCAUAGCCGAUAUCAUAAUCUGUCAGUAUUGA